AUGUUAAAACCAAUAAUUGAAACAGUUGUUCUCUUUGGUCGUCAAAACAUACCACUUAGAGGACAUUGUGAUCAAGGUGACUUCCUAUCUUUUACAAAUCAUCAUAAUUCAUCAGUAGUUAACGAAGGCAAUUUUCGAGAACUCCUUAGGCUUAGAAUUUCUGCUGGUGAUAAGAUUUUGGAGAACCAUUUACAAACUACCACUUCUAAGGCAACUUAUAUAUCUCAUACUACUCAAGAAGACAUUAUUAGUUGCUGCAAAGAUGAAAUUAUAAUUAAUAUUUUGGAGAAUGUAAAAGUAAGCAAAUAUUAUAGUAUAAUAUUUGAUGAAACUACUGAUGUUUCUCAUACAUCUCAAAUGAGUUUGAUUUUAAGAAACGUUUACUCAGAAAAUAAAGUUUAUGAACGUUUUAUUUCCUUCAUAGAUUGCCAUAGUCAUGUUUAUGGAAAAACAAAUGUAAAUGUUGGCUUAGAAAAUAUUGAAGAUGAACCUGGGCAUAAUAUAUUGGAGCCAAAACUAUCAGAAGAGUUAUUAGGUAAUAUUGUUAUUGAUAAAUUAAAAGAAAUUACAUUAGACCUAGAUAAUUUCAUUGGUAUUGGAACUGAUGGAUGUUUAAUGAUGACAUCUAUAAUGCAAGUUGCAGUACAGAAAAUUCAAAAAAGUUGUAAAAAUGCUCUCCAUAGCUCAUGGUCCAACCAUGCAUUGAAUUUAUUAAUAUCCAAAUCAUCCAACGUGCAACUUGUUAGAAAUAUUAUGGGCAUUAUCCAAGAAGUUUUGUCGUUUUUUAAUCAAUCGUCAAAAAGAAGUUUUGUGUUAAAAAAAUCUCUAAAAGGCUGUAAAAGAUCAUUAACAUCAUUGUGCGAUACCAGAUGGGUGGAACGCCACGACUCAAUUUUUGAAUUUCAAUCUAACUUUAAGAAUAUUAUUCUAUGUCUUGAAAGCAUUUCUGAAUGGGACGAACAGAUAUCAUCUUCUAAAGCUAAAUGUUUACUCAAUGUUAUUUGUAAUUGUGAGUUUGUUAUUACUAGCAUCUAG